AUGGAUAGAAAGCGAAGAGAUUUUGGAGGAAGAUUGUGGAUAAUGAAAAAAUUGUCAUAUGGAAGAGGAUAAUCAGUAAUUUUGAAGUUUGCCUAUUAGAUGAAAAGAAGGGACUAGCAAGGAUAAGUAUUGAAGAUAUAUGACAUGCACUUUGUGCUUAUACAAUUAUAAUUGAAGCAAUAUGUUCAAACUCCUGCCCAUCAAGUUUGGACCUUGAUUUACACAAAAGCCGUCCACAAUGACAUACUAUUAUUAUUAUUAAUCGUUAUAAUCAUUUUAAUGAAUAGUUUGGCUAAUUUUAAGUUAUUAUUAAAAACACGUAAUUCAAAUGAUUUAUACAAUUUACAUUACAAUCUUAUAAAUUAUUAUACAUUAGAUUUCUAUCUCUACUGA